AUGGCUCUCACCAACUCCAUCGUUCAGUCCACCGGCGAUCUUAGAAGCGCAGCCGUUGAACAGCGCCGCAGCAAAGAGCGUCGUGUCAAGUACCGGAACGUCAAUGUAGCCCUCCUCGGUCAGCCGCAGAACCCAUUCACAAACAAGAAAUUAGGUGCUCCCUGUUGGAAUGAUAAGAACAAGUUCAAGAUGACCCGUGACCCUAGUCUCGUGAAAGUCUGCCACUGCUGCCAGUGCCGAGGCUGGAACACCAAGGAGCUUGCCAAAAAGAGGGCUGCUCGCAAGUUGUACUUUGAUGAUGAGAUUUGCACCGCCCGAACCAACCCUCUGAGCCCUUCGGCGGCGUUGGAAGACCGUUGGGAGGAUUCAUCGUCGGAUAACGACUCUAUUGCCGGUAUCGCGUACUCCUAUGACCAGUCCGGACCACGUGCCGGAACCGACACCCUUAGUUAUGCCGUAACAGAGGCUGUUAAGAAGUUUGAGCACAAGGAGUUGACAACUCUGAUCAAGAACGAGUAUGAAGUUGUUGAUUAUGAGGACUCUGACGAGGAGUUUGAGCUGGUUUAA